GCCCGCCCUCUGAGCCGCGCUCCGGCGGCCGCCGCGGGUUCACGGGCGGCUGAGGCGUCGCGGAGCGCUGGGCGGGGCGAGGCGGGGCGGGGAGCGGCGCCGCCGCCGCUGGCGGGAGCGGCCGCGGGGCGGUGACUGGGGCGCUUCCCCGGCCCCGAGCGACGCGUCCGUCCCGCAGCCCCUGAGUCCGCGGCGGGCGUUUGUGGCGGCCCGAGCGCCGCUCCUUCCCCUGCCCCAUGUCGGCGUGGCUCGGCCGGGCGGUGCUGCUACUGGGGCGGCCGGGGGGCCCCGCCGCGCCCUCCUCCUCCUCCCGCCUGUGCUCGCUGCGGGGCCCGCCGCGCUGCUGCUGCCGCCGCCGCCUGAGCUCGCUGCGGGGCGGCGCCGACGGGCUGCUGCCGGCUCGGGGAGCGCCGCCCGGGCGGGCGCUGGGCACGCACCCUAAGAAGGAGCCGAUGGAGGCGCUGAACACGGCGCAGGGGGCCCGCGACUUCAUCUACAGCCUGCACUCCACAGAGCGGAGCUGCCUGCUGCGGGAGCUGCACCGCUUCGAGUCCAUCGCCAUCGCCCAAGACCCCAUAGCAGCUCGAGCAAGCUGUCAGCAAUAUGGGGAGACCUGGGCACAUCAAGAACCCAGUGGGGCCUGUUCCUCAGUCCAUUCGCAGGCCUACCACCAGAAGGAAGCAGUUCCAUCAUCUAAUUGCCCUAGCACGAAAUAUGACAGGACACACUAUCUGUGGCCUCCGCUAAUGGCAGAGGCUGCGGGGAAACCCGGCCGCUGCCCUCAUUGCUGCGCUGAAGGAUGGUCCUCAGAGAAGUUGGAGGUUGCACCACCAUCUCCAGGACAACUGAGACAUGUGUUCUUCCACAAUGCAUUACCUUUUGUAGGGUUUGGAUUUUUGGAUAACGCAAUUAUGAUUGCUGCGGGAACCCAAAUAGAAUUGUCAAUUGGAGUUGUCCUAGGAAUCUCAACCAUGGCAGCUGCUGCUUUGGGAAACCUUGUUUCAGAUUUAGCUGGACUGGGUCUUGCAGGUUAUGUAGAAGCUUUGGCUUCACGGCUGGGUCUCUCAAUCCCUGAUCUGACACCCAAACAAGCUGACAUGUGGCAAACACGUCUUAGUGCACACUUGGGUAAAGCUAUUGGAGUGACCGUUGGCUGCAUUUUAGGAAUGUUUCCUUUGUUGUUCUUUGGCGAUGAGGAAGAAAAACUGGAAGAAAAAAAUUAACAUUUUUACAAGACAUAUACAGAUGUAAACUAAUGUACCUCAAUUACUCAAUUAUGCUGUCAAUAUUUAGGAAUUAACAGACAGUAAAAAUGCAUAGACUUGGGAACAAAACCUUCAGCAUGUCAUUUUAUGGAAACACUAAUUUAUUGUGGCUUUGUUGUGUUCAGUACUUCUUUUUAUAAGAUACCAUUUAGCUUUCUAUUUAAUGUACAUUUUUGAAGUGUUUUCACUUAUGGCAAAUGAUGUUUACCACUUCCCCUUUUGACAUUAUUCUUUAACAGAUUAUUACUUUAAUAGUCCACAGUGGAUGACAGUAACACUCUUGAGUUGCGUAUUGGUUGCUUAACAGAUGUAAUUGCAUGACAAAAAAAAACUUGCAGCUGUUCAUCAGGUCCUUCAAUGCAGAUUAUUAAGGAGGUCAGUUACGAGUGAUUUGAAGUCCCUCACUUCACAAGAAGGCUGAGUGCCCCCUCAGCAACUCUCAUUUUGCACUGCCUUUGCAUCAGACAUUUCAGUGAUCAGCAGCAGUCUAAUUUGCAUUCUUUAUAAUUCUGAAUCUCUGAAUUGUCACCUGAGGCGAUCAUUUUAAUGCCCUGACAAGGUAAGUGAUUGCAGUAUCAUAUCCUUUCCAAGUUCAUCUUUAGUGAUGUCUUAACACUGCCUUCUGUACUUCAGUAUUAAUGUCUUUUUUUCCUUUUUUCUUCCUUGUAAACAAUAAUUUGAGAAUUCAGUGGAGUUCUCCUUAAGCUUAUCUUCCUGAGCUUUUCAUGUAUUAUCAAAGAGUUCAGAUUUCCUAAUUCAAAAACACUUUUUUUCUUUAAGUUCUGUUUAAAAUAAAGUGUGAAUGGCUAAUGGGAGCUGACAAGGCUGGGGAGCCCUUUGUGAUAUGGAUGAGUAUUGGCAUUGCAAGUUUGUGAUGGGUGGCUUAAAUGAAACAAUAAAUUAUGAAUAUGCUGUCAGUCUGGAUUAGAGGACCUGGUUUGCAGAUUAUAAUGUCGUAUUUAUGAUUAAACUUUUUUUUUUGCUGUGAGACUUCUGAAAAAAAAAAGACUUGAGGCCUUCUUCCUGUUCCUGCCUUUUAUUUUUGCAGUCUUAUUUGAUGUAUUAUAGAUCUGACAGUGCAGUCACAUGUAACUGUGCUUUUUUAUAUGUUCAUAAAUUAUAAUUACAAUUAUCAAGAGAAUUUCAGGAUCCAACUUGCCAAAUAACAAUGCUAAACUGAUAACUAUUUGUUAAAGAGGGGCUUUCUUACCUCUUUCAGUACCAUUUGGAAACGACAUUAAAAAGAGGCACAGCCUAGGCACUUUGAAAGUUCUGUCACUGGAAUUGUUAGCACUUCUGAAACCAAGAAAUAAAUGGCUUAAAAGAAAAUUCCAUCCCAUGAUUUUUAUUUGCUAUACGAAGUCUUACUGUAACAUGUGUAUGUUUACAGAGCUCACUGCUUAUCUCUUGGUCGUAAAUCUGUCUUCUCUUCUAAUUUCUAGAAGCCCCUUAAACAGCAGUACUGAAACUCUGACACCAACCUUUAGUGAAGGUGCAGUGAUAUAUAUCUCUUGGUGAAAAGCAGGCUCUGAAAACUUGGAGUGAGUAGGCCUGGUAGCGUAUGCUGUCUUUUGUGUGUUAAACUAAUCCUGACCAAACUGUAAAACUGAAAGACAUCUCAGCUAGGCAAGAAUAACACUAAAUGCAGAGGUGUUCUGGCUUGCAUUUUCAAAGGUCCCACAUUUGCCUUGCCUUAAGCUCUGACUUUUCUCCCUCUGUACUUCUGUUUCUGGUAUGUUUCUAGAAAAACUGUAUGUAUUUCCUAUUUUUAUUUUUAAUUGAAAUACACAUUAAAACAAAUUCAUGUAGCUUUUUUGUAUUUUAUUUUAAUUGAGAAUUCCAAUGAUAUUUCCCAUUGCAAUACUGGCAUUUUCACUGGAAUCUUUCAGGAGUGACCAAACCUUUCUUUGCUGUCAUUCUAACUGGAACACUAUUUUCAACACUUUUCCAAAGGUCUUAAGAGCAAUCAGAAGGCUGUGUCAGCUCUUGUGGUAGCAUUCUUUUCAUAAUGACAAUAGGGAAGAUCAUGUACCAUUGUUUAAUAGUUUGUGUAUGUAAAUUGGUGACAUUCUAUUGCUGUAUGUCAAACUACUGUACUUCAACCAAUGCCUUUAAGGAGAAUUAAUGAAUUAACUGAUCCCUUUGAUGGUAUCUUAUGUGUCAUCUUUAUCUAUUCAGCUGACCACACAAAUGUGGAGGGUGAUGCAUGAUAAGAAACCUUGAGUGUUUCAGGUGGUUGUAUGAUGUUAUAAUCAAGAAGGUGUCUUUUUGGGUUUCAGUAUUUGACAUAAAUGAAAACUCAUGAUUUGAGACACGGGCUCAGAAGGUUGAAAGUGUUUGCUGGGGCCAAGCGUAACCCUGAAUACAGCAGAGGUGGUUUGCUUUGCCUGUGGGAGCCACUCUUUUUUGUGGAUGUGCAAUUGUUUCACGUGAAGUAGAAGAUUUGUGCCUGAUCCUAAGAUGUCUCCUGAUAAUGAAAUAGUUUUUUUUCUGGUGUUUAUAGUUGAAAGUAAUCCCCAUUGCUCUGAUCACUGUCUUAAAAAUAUGUAACUGAAAAGACAGAGCAAUAACAAAAGUCUCCUCUUUGUUUUCUCUUGUUUUCUCCUUCUUUAAUAAAAGGAAAUCAGACACUCUCAGAGUUACUGAGCAGCUUUAAUAUUACUCUGUUUUUACUCUGUCAAGCUCGUCCUGAAUUAACAGGAGUUUUUCUUGUUAAAGGGCUGGUAGACAUGAAAUUGUGUUUAUUUUAAAAUACUGUAUUUUAUUGUAACUUAAAAUGUAAGUGUAUUUUCAUUUUUACUGUAUGUUAUCCCUAGGGAGAGAGAACGUGCAUCUGGUAAUGUGGUUACCCGGUUCUCCUUGCUGAUAUUUUCUCAUUCAUGUACUUUUACAUAAAUUAUUUGAAUUCAGAAAAUGUGUUUUGUAUUGUCUUUAAUUAAAUUGCCAGACUUUCUGUAAACUUUUGUAUUACAGCAGACCUGUUCUGUUUCUUUAUUAGACCUCUUGCUGGAGGGGCAAUUCAAUGUCUUGCGGACAUUUGGUUUCAAUUAAGAGAGUGAGUUUAUUAUGUAAAUUCUGAAUGAGAGUCCUGUUGUCACUGAUGGAGGAGAUUAGCACCAAGAAGUAGUUUACUUUUGUCUUGCCCUGUCUGGAGGAGAACAACUUCAGCAAUUAAAAUGCUUGUAUGGUAAAUUAGCAGCAUUUCUGACUAAUGUUAGAAGUUCUGUAGUAACUGAAGUUGGUAUGCAAGCUAAGGUUCUUUUGAACUCUCCUGAACUUCAGAGCUCUACAGUGUUUACAGCUGUCACUUGUCUAGCCAACAUACUCUGACAUUUCAUAUAGUGUAGUGAUAAGCUGACAGACUGGCCGUUCUUAAACUACAGGCCUUAAUAAAGUUUUGAGGAGUUGUUAUCCUGUAUUGAGUCUCUCAUGGUUCUGGAAUAUUUUGACCUAAAACGUUAGGAGAAUAGCCAGAGAUAAUCUAGGUUGCAGUUAAUGACCUCAUAAUACAAAUUCAAGCUCCUAUUUGAGAGUCCUUCUUUAAUGUUUGUUGAGGCUUUUAACCCUUAUCUCAGUGUUCAGAAAGGACCCUUGUCAUCUGGAGUGUCUUUCAAAAUAGUAUUGAGGGAAGUGGGAAGGGUUUGGGGUAAACUUGACUGCAAAAGCCCAGUUAAAUAGAGAAAGUUGUCAUUCGAAGUAAAACAAAACAGCUUUCCCUCUUCACAACCAAACCCAACUUCUAGGCAAAUCUGUUCACUUCCUUCUCCAAGCCCCCUGAGUGGGUGUGGUCAUGAGCAUAGCACAUCCAUGACCAAGGCAGUCUGUGUGCUUUGGAUGUGUUAAUUCAGAACAGUUACCUGGGAUAGCAAUAGAGAAUGCAGAGUGCUAUUGUAGGAUGUCUCCUGUAGGUAGAUGAUGCCAAGAUAGGCUGCUUGCAGCAGCAUGAAGAGAACUGGAUGGGAAUAUUUAUGGUUUAAUGGUCUCCAUCUUAGUAACUGAGCAUCUAAGCAACUGGCUUAAAUAUAGAUGCAACUAUGGAUACUACUCCGGUCUCAAGAGUUGCUCCUUCUGUCUUUGGGAUGCAGCUGUCACAACAAUUAUAGAAUCAUUAAGGUUGGAAAAGGCCACUGAGAUCAUCUAGUUCAACCGCUGACCCAUCACCACCAUGCCCUCUAAAUCAUGUCCACAAUCUACUGCAGUGCUGUGAUUUUCUUAUGUGUAUGAUUUGUACCAUAUAGUGUGUUCAUAGAUAAUGCCUAUGGCACUGACAAGUGCAGCAUUGCUGGCUGCUUUCCUGUCUGUGGCAACUUUUAUGCAGUAAAUUGCAUUACAGUACAGUAAAAGGAAAUGGGAGCAGCGAACUGAAGAUUUGAACCAGCUGUGUGACCCAGUGCAGUUUGUACACCUUUGUUCAUGAGCUGUGUAGGCAGCUGUGAAGAUUGAUCACAACAGCCUCCAUGAUAACGCUGCUGUCUAUAGCACACUGAUUUCUGUGUCACUGAACAUGGUCCAUAGCAACACUGUUUAACGAUUACCAUUGUAAAGGUUCUAGUUGUUUGGUAACAACUCCAUCAUAGGUUGACAGCCAGAACAGAGGCUGUUUGGCACAUUUUCUUGGUUUCCUAGAACCUAACAAUAGCAGAUCUGGAGGUGAGAUGAGUAAAAAAAUGCCAUUGUAUCUCUGUAUCAUUUCAAGAGUCAAAAAUUUGUACAGUAAAGAAGGGGCUGCUGUCUGUCCAAACUUUUCCAUGCAUUAAUAAUAAAGAACUUGGAAGAGGA